CCGUCCAGCCGACGAUUACGGGAGAGACUCAGUGGGUCCCCCUCCACUUUCUACAUACUCUCUUCCCUGUGCUUUGUGUUUGUGGGUGGGAAGGUUUUCCGUUUUCGCUGUUUCAUUUCAUCAUAUGGCGUCGACUCGAGAAGGGCACUACAGAGGGGUGCGGAAGAGGCCAUGGGGUCGCUACGCCGCCGAGAUACGUGACCCAUGGAAGAAGACGAGGGUUUGGCUCGGAACCUUCGACACGCCAGAAGAGGCUGCGCUCGCUUACGACGGUGCCGCUCGCUCGCUCCGCGGACCCAAGGCCAAGACCAACUUCCCGCCUCCGGUAACCUCCGCCGGACUCCCCCUCGACCUCAACCUCCCCUCCUCCGGCCGCCUCGUCCUCGGCGAGUUCCUCCACACCGGCGUCCUCAAAGACCAGCUUCCCGACCCUUCUUCUUCGCCUCCGUUCCCGGUUAAGCGAGAGCCUCAAGUUUCCGUCUCCCCCGUUGGACCUUCGGUGCCCGAGACAUCCGCCACGGCAUCGUUUCUGGGGCUCGUGCGCCGCGGCUUGCCUGUUGAUCUCAACGAGCCUCCUCCGUUUUGGCUUUGAGCGAAUGCAAGAUCGUUGUCUGGACCCUUUUUUUACGGCGUCGUUUUGCUCUCUUCAUCACUGCUUUAAUUUCCGCUUGUUCUUACUCUCCAUUGCGUAGUUUUUCUUUUUCUUUUUCUCUGUUUUUGAGACUUUGAGAGCGAGCAACGAAAAAAAAAAAAAAAAUCAAGAAAUGAAAACCAUAUGCAUGUAUAUAUAACCCUAUGUUUUUGGUUUUUGUUUCCAUUAAAUACUAUCGAGUUCUUGCUUUA